AUGCCAGAGUUACGAAGUGGAGUGCGCAGAUCAAAACGGCUUGAUGAUCUCCAGCCUUCCUCACAACCACCGAUUGGCCAAGCCGAAAAUUGUGUACUGCCUGCUCAGAAUAAACCUCGUAGGAGAGCUGGUGGUGGAAGGGGAAGAGGUGGUAAUGCUGUAGCAAAAGGUCCUUCACCGGCAAUACCCACAAGGGCGACUGCAGCUGGUAGAGGUCGUGGUGUUAGGUUGAUAGAUUUAGACCCUGAACCUUGUGAGGUUCGUCCUGAAGCUGCUGCGUUAGGAGCCGCCGAACCCAUUUAUAAUCGUGUAGAAGUUGUAGCAGAUAAAGAUAUAGCGAUGGAGGGUGGUGCAAGUGCGGAUAAAAUAAUGGGAGGUGAAGAGGAAGCAGGCGGGACACCUGUUCCCGAUAGGGUACAAGUGGGUAACUCUCCUGUGUACAAGGUGGAAAGGAAGUUGGGCAAGGGUGGUUUUGGCCAAGUUUAUGUUGGUAGAAGGGUUAGUGGUGGCACUGAUAGGACAGGGCCUGAUGCAAUUGAGGUUGCUUUGAAGUUUGAACACCGAAAUAGUAAAGGUUGCAGUUACGGCGCUCCUUAUGAGUGGCAAGUGUACAGUCAUCUGAAUGGAUGUUAUGGAAUUCCUUGGGUUCAUUACAAGGGUCGACAAGGUGACUUUUACAUUAUGGUCAUGGACAUUCUUGGACCCAGUCUUUGGGACCUUUGGAAUUCUGUUGGCCAAUCGAUGUCACCCAAUACGGCGGCAUGCAUUGCAGUUGAGGCAAUAUCAAUUCUUGAAAAGCUUCACUUAAAAGGGUUCGUGCAUGGAGAUGUAAAACCAGAAAAUUUUUUACUUGGUCAACCUGGAACACCUGAUGAGAAGAAGCUAUAUCUGAUUGAUCUUGGCUUGGCAUCUAAAUGGAAGGAAGCAUCUGGUCAACAUGUUGAAUAUGAUCAGAGGCCUGACAUAUUCAGGGGAACAAUAAGGUAUGCAAGUGUACAUGCACAUUUAGGUCGGACUGGAAGUCGAAGGGAUGAUCUUGAGUCCUUGGCAUACACAUUAAUAUUUCUCAUUAAAGGAAGGUUACCCUGGCAAGGGUAUCAGGGGGAUAACAAGAGUUUUCUUGUUUGUAAGAAAAAGAUGGCCACCUCCCCAGAGUUGAUGUGCUGUUUCUGCCCUCCCCCAUUCAAACAGUUUCUUGAAGCUGUUACAAAUAUGAAAUUUGAUGAGGAACCAAAUUAUGCAAAGUUGAUAUCUUUAUUUGAAAGCUUGAUAGAGCCAUGCAUGCCAUUAAGGCCGAUAAGAAUUGAUGGAGCUCUUAAGGUUGGGCAAAAGCGGGCAAGAAUGUCUAUAAAUUUGGAAGAAGAUGAGCAACCAAGAAGAAAAUAUCACUACAAUGUGGCGGACACAAGGCUGAGCCAGCAUGUGGACAAGGGUAAUGAAGAUGGAUUAUUUAUCAGCUCUGUAGCGUCUGCAUCAAAUCUGUGGGCCCUAAUCAUGGAUGCAGGGACAGGUUUCUCUUCCCAGGUUUAUGAGCUGUCAACUGUCUUCCUACAUAAGGAUUGGAUCAUGGAACAAUGGGAAAAGAAUUUCUAUAUUAGUUCAAUAGCUGGUGCCAAUAAUGGGAGUUCCUUGGUUGUUAUGUCCAAAGGUACUCCUUACACUCAGCAGUCAUAUAAAGUGAGUGAAUCUUUUCCAUUCAAGUGGAUAAAUAAGAAGUGGAAAGAAGGUUUCCAUGUGACAUCCAUGACAACCGCUGGCAUUCGCUGGGGUGUCGUUAUGUCCAGGAAUGCUGGAUAUUCUGAUCAGGUCGUGGAGCUUGAUUUCUUAUACCCGAGUGAAGGUAUACACAGGCGAUGGGAAAGUGGUUACAGAAUAACAUCCAUGGCUGCCACUACUGAUCAAGCAGCCUUCAUUUUGAGCAUUCCUAAACGAAAAUUGAUGGAUGAAACUCAAGAAACUCUGCGUACCUCUGCCUUCCCAAGCAGCCAUGUAAAGGAAAAAUGGUCCAAAAAUCUCUAUAUUGCAUCAAUUUGCCAUGGACGGACUGUUUGCUAA